GCGGUAAAGAGAAAAACAACGCUGGAAUAUGCUGCAAUAUACGGAGAAUGCAUGAGCUCAUAGCGACUUAUUAAGCUGUAUCUUUUCCUGGUAAACCCAGUGUUAUUUAGGGACCUAAACACAGGGUCUGAAGUGACAUGGACCUGUGGUACAUGUGAUGGUAUUUUGGUCAGUUCUUAUUCUGGAUAUGGUGCUUUAAAAUGAACCAAAGCGGUAUUGGAUAUGUAGUGUAAUUUCAAAAGGAAACAACUGUAUUUUUCUUUGAGCCAGCCUCUGUCAAUGAGUAGCUUUAAAGGCCCAUUUUAAUGUAUGAUUUCAUUUUUCAUUUAAAUUAUUUAUUGAGACACCCUAACCCUCACGAGGACGCAUCUUAAUGCCCAAAGGUCACAUUUGUUCCCUAUAAAUUAAAAAAAAAAAAAAAAAAAAAUCCUUCUCAUGUGGACACUUGUUCGUUUCACUCUUUAUAACAAGCUUAGAGAGCUGAAGUUUAUAGCACUCGUGUAGGCUAUUUAAUAAUGAUACUCUUGGACGUUUUAAAAAAACGCCACAAACACAGAAAUAAAGUCAGAUCGAUAUAGGGAGUGUUGUGGGUGAACUUUUCAAUGAAAGCUUGCAGCUUAGUGUGACAGUAUGGUGACAGCUGAUCUGAACCACUGGCAGCAAAGAGACUGACAUCUUCUCAAACAGUAAGUCCUGUAAAUGUGCCAGAGUUGUUUAAAGUCUUUGGCAGGUGGACAGCAGCGAAAAAGAAAGUGGUCCAUGUCACGAGCCGGUACUGAGAAGCCUGAGUUUAUUAUCACACUAUAAAAAGUGAACUGACCAUUCAGUUUGGUUUACGCAGGUAAUUUUACUCACUGGUGCGAAAAUCGCGCACAUGGGCGUCAGACCUGCUGAGAUGUAUCCUCUCGUGAUAAGAGAGUAAGAUAUAAAUCUCACUUUCGCCGUCCGGCUGAUUGACUUGUUAAAAGAGGCAUUUUUUUUUGCAGUGCAGCACGUCCGGCUGUCCUCCCUAUCAAUCCGUGAACUCCAGAGAGGAAGUGUGGCCACUAUUGGACAGAACGCAGACAAGGGAGGGACUUAGGGCGUUUCCUUUAGUGCAACAACAGCGCCGAUCACUCUCGAGUCCUCAGCACAUACACAUGCACACACACAUACAUACAUACAUACACACACACACACACAUACACUCACACACGCUGUGUCCCUGUCCGCCGCUGGUGAAUGUCCAGUUUGUGGAGCCCGGGUUAUGGCUCAGUACGCACCGCAGGCUUAUGUGCUCUCCGACGAACAGGAAUACCUCCAAGCCUAUGAGGAUGUUUUGGAAAAAUACAAAGAUGAAAGAGACAGAGUGCAGAAGAAGACAUUUACAAAAUGGAUAAACCAGCAUCUGCUGAAGGUACGGAAGCAUAUAAAUGACCUGUACGAAGACUUACGAGAUGGACAUAACCUGAUCUCGCUGCUGGAGGUUUUGUCUGGAGACACAUUGCCAAGGGAGCGUGAUUUUCUGAAGACAUUGCGGUUGGUGAGUGGGACAGAAGCAUGUGCAGUUGAGCAGCAUGGAGACACGGUGGAUGAUGAUAAGGGGCCUCGGGAGAGAGGGAGGAUGCGCUUCCACAGACUCCAGAAUGUACAAAUAGCACUGGAUUAUUUGAAGAGGCGGCAGGUCAAACUUGUAAAUAUCAGGAAUGACGACAUCACAGACGGUAACCCAAAACUGACCCUGGGACUGAUCUGGACCAUAAUUCUGCACUUUCAGAUCUCGGAGAUCCAUGUGACAGGGGAGUCCGAGGACAUGACAGCCAAGGAGAGGCUGCUGCUCUGGUCCAAGCAGAUCACAGAUGGCUAUGUAGGCGUCCGAUGUGAAAACUUCACAACCUCCUGGAGGGAUGGGAGGCUAUUCAACGCCAUCAUUCAUAAAUACAGGCCAGACCUUGUUGACAUGAGCCGCGUGUCCACACAGACCAACAGAUCAAAUUUAGAGCACGCGUUUGGUGUAGCCGAGCAGCUGGGGGUGGCCAGGCUGCUGGACCCUGAGGACGUAGAUGUUCAGACACCGGAUGAAAAAUCAGUCAUCACAUACGUCUCAACGCUGUACGACGCCUUCCCCAAAGUACCUGACGGUGUUGAGGGAAUCAAUCCUAAUGAUGUGGAUAUCAAAUGGGUGGAGUACCAGAACAUGAUCAAAUACCUCAGCCAGUGGAUCAAACACAAUGUGGCCAUAAUGUCAGACAGAUCAUUCCCCAACAGCCCUGUGGAACUCAAGGCACUUUAUACACAGUAUCUGCAGUUUAAAGAACACGAAAUCCCACUGAAAGAGAACGAGAAGACAAAAAUCAAAAAUCUCUACAAGAUGCUCGAGAUGUGGAUCGAGUUUGGACGUAUUCAGUUGCCCCCGGGUCAUCACCCCAACGAUGUGGAGAAGGAAUGGGGAAAAUUAAUUGUUGCCAUGCUGGAAAGAGAGAAGAGCCUGAGGCCCGAGGUGGAGAGGCUUGAGAUGUUACAGCAGAUUGCCAACCGGGUCCAGCGGGACUGUGUUAACGGGGAGGAUAAGCUGGCGUUGGCGCGGACGGCCCUGCAGUCUGAUGCAAAACGUCUUGAGUCAGGAAUUCAGUUCCUGCAUGAAGCAGAGAUUGCUGGCUACUUGUUAGAGUGCGAGAAUAUCCUCAGACAACAAGUGGUGGAUAUCCAAAUUCUCCUGGAUGGGAAAUUCCCCUUUGCGGAUCAACUAGUCCAGAGGGUAUCUAAACUCCGGGAUGACCUUCUAACCCUGAGAGCUGAGUGUUCCUCUGUGUACAGCAAAGGCCGAACUCUGACAACAGAACAAACCAAAAUGAUGAUCUCUGGCAUCACACAGAGCCUGAACUCUGGCUUCUCCCAGAACAUCAGCACAAACCUGACACCAGCCCUCACUCCUGCACUCACCCCAGGGGGGUUAGGUACCCCUGGUUCCACAUUCACCUCUAGCCUUACACCGUGCCUGACCCCGUCCUUGACCCCCACCUUGACCCCCGGCUUGCAGCCUGCUUCAGUCCAGAGCUACAUGGGGGGCGGUGGCGGCAUGGACCCAGGCAGCCUCAGGCAUUUGAAACACAUGCAGAUCCGCAAGCCCUUACAGAAAUCCUCACUGGCAGACCCCAACAUGACCGAGGAGGAGGUCAACAUGAAAUAUGUUCAGGACCUGCUGAACUGGGUGGAAGAGAUGCAGGUGCAGCUGGACCGUUCAGAGUGGGGAUCUGAUUUGCCAAGUGUGGAGUUGCAUUUAGAGAACCACAAAAGUGUACAUAGAGCCAUUGAAGAAUUUCAAAUGAGUCUUAAAGAUGCCAAACUGAGUGAAAUUCAGAUGACCAUUCCCCUGAAGCUAACUUAUUCAGACAAACUGAACACACUAGAAAAGCAGUACGAGAGGCUGUUGAGCUGUUCAAGAGAGCGACAGAGCCACCUGGAAAGCCUGCACGACUUUGUGUCUCAGGCGACUCAGGAGCUCAUCUGGCUGAACGAGAAGGAGGAGGAGGAGGUCGCCUUUGACUGGAGCGAUCGCAACAGCAACAUCUCCAAGAAAAGAGACUACCAUGCCGACCUGAUGAGGGAGCUGGAUGAAAAGGAGGACACGAUCAAGUCUGUGCAGGACAAGGCAGAACGCCUUAUGCACAAGAACCACCCAGCCAAACUAACUAUUGAAGCGUACAGAGCCGCCAUGCAGACGCAGUGGAGCUGGAUUUUACAGCUCUGCUCGUGCGUGGAACAGCAUCUCAAGGAGAAUGCUGUUUAUUUUGAGUUUUUCAGUGAUGCCAAAGAGUCCAUAGACUACCUUAAGAGCCUGCAAGAUGCCAUUCAAAGGAAAUACAGCUGUGACCGAACGAGCAGCCUGCACAGACUGGAGGACCUCAUUCAGGAGUCCAUGGAUGAGAAAGAGCAGCUCCUUCAGUACCGCAGCACGGUGGCUGGUUUAGUGGGCAGGGCCAAAAACAUUGUGCAGCUCAGACCCAGGAACCCUGGGAGCCCUGUGAGAUCCUCCCUCCCUGUAAAAGCCAUCUGUGAUUAUCGUCAAAUAGAGAUCACUAUUUACAAAGAAGACGAGUGCGUAUUGGCCAAUAACUCUCACCGGGCCAAGUGGAAAAUCAUCAACCCAGCAGGGAAUGAGGCCAUGGUGCCCUCUGUGUGUUUCACUGUGCCUCCACCCAACAAAGAGGCUGUUGAUAUGGCAACAAGAACUGAGCAGUUAUACCAGAAUGUCCUGGCGCUGUGGCACCACUCCCACAUCAACAUGAAGAGCGUGGUGUCCUGGCAUUAUCUAAUGGCUGAUAUACGAGCCAUUCGCAACUGGAACGUGGCCUCAAUAAAGACCAUGUUGCCAGGUGAGCAUCAGCAGGUCUUGAGCAACCUACAGUCCCACUUCGACGAGUUCCUGGAAGACAGCGAGGAGUCUGAGGUGUUCACAGUGGCAGACUGCGCCCAGCUCGAGAGAGACGUCGCAGCCUGCAAGGACUACUACCAGGAACUGCUCAGAUCUGCGGAAAGAGAGGAACACGAGGAGUCUGUGUACAACAAUUACAUCUCAGAAAUACGCAACUUCCGCAUGCAUCUGGAGGCCCAUGAAGAACACCUGAUCAGGCAAAUCCGCACGCCACUCGAGAGGGAUGACCUGGAGCAGAGUCUGCAGCGCAUCACGGAGCAUGAGAGGAAAACAGCAGAGCUGAAUAAACUGAAGGAGGAUCUGGAUGUCAUGAAGGAGAAGUGUGAGCUGUUCCUCAGACAGGCGGCAGGUUCCCCGUCUGUGCCGACGCUUUCGUCCGAACUAACCGUCCUCGUUCAGAGCAUGAGCCAAGUGUACUCCAUGUCUUCCAUUUAUAUGGACAAACUGAAAACUGUGAGCUUGGUGGUGAAGCACAGCCAGAGUGCAGAGGCACUAGUUAAAGCCUAUGAAUCCAAACUCUAUGAGGAAGAUGCCAUGAACUCUGAUGUCAAGUCCAUUGAGACUGUCAUUUCAACACUUAAGCAAUGGCGGACAGAGAUCGAUGAGCAGCAGGAGGUGUUCCAUGACAUGGAGGAUGAGCUGCAGAAAGCACGAGUGAUCAGUGACCGCAUGUUUAAGGCCCACAAUGAGCGUGACUUUGACCUCGACUGGCACAAGGAGAAAGCUGAUCAGCUGAGUGAAAGAUGGCAGAACAUUCACUCCCAGAUUGACAGCAGACUUCGGGACCUGGAUGGUAUCAACAAAUCUCUGAAACACUACAGAGACUCUUACAGCAGCCUCGACGAAUGGGUUACAGAAAUGGAAGAAGCACAGCGAAAGGCUCAAGAAAAUAAACCUGAGGAUAGCAAGGCACUGGCUGAGCUCUUAAACAAACAAAAGGUCCUUGUUGCUGAAAUUGAACAAAAGCAGAGCAGAAUGGAUGAGUGCCAGAAGUACUCAGAGCAGUACUCAUCUGCCAUUAAGGAUUAUGAGCUCCAGCUGAUGACCUUCAGAGCGAUGGUUGACUCCCAACACAAAUCUCCCCUGAAGAAGCGGAGGAUGCAGAGCUCUUCUGAUGCCAUUCAGCAAGAGUUCAUGGAUCUGCGAACCCGCUACACUGCUCUUGUGACUCUCAUGACGCAUUAUGUGAAGUUUGCCAGUGAAACACUGAAGAGAACCGAAGAGGAGGAGAGGUCUGUUGAUGAGGAGAAGAGAGAGCACGGUGAUAAAGUUAGCAAACUAUUGCACUGGAUGUCCAAUGUGAAACAGACCCUGAACAAUGAUGGGAAUGCUCUCAAAGAUAGCAAUGCCAAUAAACCCCAGGUGUCAGUCGAGGAAAUGGUCACUAAGAAAGAACAAAUUGCAGAAGCACUGAGGGCCACACAGAUGAUGCUGAACAAACACAGUGACAAAAUGACAGGAGAGGAGAGAGAGAAGGCCCAGGAGCAGCUGAAGGCACUCAACCAGGCAUACAAUGAACUCUCCCAACAGUGUUCAGAUCAGACAACCUCUGCAGAAGAGGAUGAUGGGAUUGGUGGGUUUGGGACUGGAGCCAUGACUGAUCACAUGACUACGAUCGCUGUCCCAGAGCCCCAACUCAUGACCUCUGAUGCUCUCAAACAAGAUCUCUUUUACAAAUCCACGCUGAACCACUCACCAGAGCAGAAUGAUACGAAUAAGUGCAUACAGAAUUCACAAGCCUCCUCUGUCCCCCUCUCUGACAUAGCAGCGGCUAGGGAAGGACCCACAUGUGAAGGCCUGGUCAUUAAGAUGAUAGAGGUCAAAGAAGACAGCGAUGGAGUGAAGGUGUGCUACACAGGGGACACACUAACCCUGCAGAAUGCGUUUCAAUCUGGUUUAAUAUCUGCUUCUGUCUAUGCAGAGAUUCUUCAGGGGCAGAAGACCGGUCAGGAUAUGAUAAAUCCUAGUAGUGCUGAAAAUGUGCCACACUUAGAGCCUGAGCAGGAGCUUGGACCUUGUGAGGCCAAUAGACUGAUAAUAAACUGCCUCAGCAGAAAUAAAUCACUUACAGAGAGGAAUAUUAACACUCUGAGGUCUGUUUGUGAGGGUUCAAGCGACCAGGAGACCAUGUCAAGGCUGUUAGGAGUUCAGGUUGAUGCAGGUGAAAUCAAAGACGGUCAGAAAGUAAGCGCUAAGGUGUCAGUGGAUGUUGGGAAGCUAAAGGUGGAUGCAGCUGUUCAGUGUGAUAUGAUGAGCUCUAACAGCACACUCAUUGUGCUUGGAAAUCAGCAGCAGUUUAUGGGACUUGUGUUGCCUCAGUCUGGGGAAAUUCAAACUGUGUCCACGUCAUUCCAAUAUAAUCAGCAGAUCACCACCGAUGAGUUUACCAGCACGUUGUUCAGUAAUCAGCAAAAAAUAGCAGCUUUUUACAUUCCAGGAAGUUCCAAGAUAGUAGACAUCACCUCGGCCGUUCGGGAUGGUUUGAUUGACAAUUAUACAGUGGAGGUUUUAAAGUCUGUAGAAAUUCCUGAUACAACUCCUGAUGUUGAUCACCUUAAUGAAAAGUUUUCAUCUUGGCUCAUGUAUAAAAAACUCACAAUUGAUGGAUGCUACCAUGCUGCAGAAUGCUUAGAAGUUGACAACAUCCCUACUCCCACAGAGGCAAGGCAGUUAUUCAUCUCCUACCUAAUGUUGAACAGUUACAUUGAUCCAAAGUCAGGACAGAGGGUCCUAAUACUCGACACACAGCUGAGUAAGACGGUUAAAAUCUUCCUUGAGGAUUUGAUAUUUUCUGAAAACACUGAGAGAAAUGUAAGUUUUCUGAAUUUAAAUGUUGGUGAUCUGUCAGAACAGUUAAAUUUAGAUACACCGCUGCGCAUAAGUGAGGAAACAGAAGAAUUAAUGAAAAAUACAGAACACACAUUUGAUCCUCAUAAUUUUGUUUCCUCUGGCAAUGGAAGAAUUUCCUCCAAUGAAAACAUACAAUACACACCUAACCCUUGUGGUUUUUCUUCCUCGGCCAGUGGAAGCCCUACCUUUGAUGAAAACACACAACGUGCUCUUGAUCGUCGUGAUUUUGCUUCCUCGGCCAGUGGAAGCCUUACCUUUGAUGAAAACACACAACACACAUUUGAUCGUCGUGAUUUGUCUUCAUCGGUCAGUGGAAGCCUUACCUUUGAUGAAAGCACACACAGCACUUUUGAACCUUGUGAUUUUGCUUCCUCGGCCAGUGGAAGCCUUACCUUUGAUGAAAACACACAACACACAUUUGAUCCUCAUGAUUUUGCUUCCUUGGCCAGUGGAAGAAUUACCUUUGAUGAAAAAACAUAUGCGCAAGACAAGGCUCUAAAACAAGAUCCUUUCGAGGAAUAUUCUGAUACCACAGAGCCUGAUGUAGAUGAGGAAAACAUGUUUCAAAGCAACACAAAUUGGAGAACGUCAGGUGAAUUUCCAGAGAGAAUUUGUGGAAACAGUUUGCAGAUUGAUGUUGGAGGUGCUAUUAGUGAAGGUCCAGAUAUUCCAACUUCUUUAGAGAUGUCAGUCUUUCCCACAUUCAGUUCUGAGGAAAGCAGAAAUGUUGAUUCACCAUCCAGGAUGUGUGAAUCUCAGACUCUACCACUCUAUGACACUGAGUCACUGUGCAGUGAAUCAAGGAGUAUUGAUAUUAACCCAACUGAAAGUUUAUGCUCUGAGGAUUUGGUGGAGGGUGAAAAUGAGCAAGACUGUGUUGUUCGUCUUCUGAAAGCACAAAUGGAGGAAGGGGGGAUUUUAGAUGUCACCUCGGGGCGACGUUAUGACCUGGAGACAGCUUUCAGUAAGGGCCUAGUUGACGAGAUGACACUACUGAAAGUGCUUGACCUGCAGUCAGAUGAAAGUGUUGUUGGAGAUGAGGAGGACAUAAUGUCUGUUUUAAAACGGGCACUGUCAGAUGGAUCCAUAUCCUCAAAUAUUGUUAUUCCUUCAGUGGAACAGCACGGCCUGUCGAGAUCUGAUAGCUCCAUUAGUAUCAGUGAGUCUUUGGAGUCUAGAUUAGUUACUGAUGCUGUUAAGAGCCUUAACUUAGAUCCAAAAGCCAGCAUUUACCCAGAUGAAAACAGCAGUCAGUUCAUCUCUGUUGACCGUAAUCUGGGUUUGAUUAAUAUGAAUGAAGCUGAAAACACACAGCAGCCGACCGCAGCCGUGUUGCUUGAUUUCACAAAUGUUGAUAAAGAGAAUGGAGGUGCAUUAGAUUGUGCGACAGGAGGAAAUGUAGAAGAGAUGAGUAAUCAUGCACAUAUUUCCCCUCUCUCAGAGAGCGGUCACGAGCCUCAGAUGAUCUCACCCUCCUCAUGGAGUCAGGUUACUGCAGAGUGCAUUCAUCAAACAGACAGGUUGCCUCUACUGGCCGAAGACACUGAGUCACAAGUCUUGAUCAAUAGCCAGCUGACAGAUAGAGCCGAUGUAUCCAGUGCAGUGAUAGAAAACGCUGCUGCAAAUAUCCAGUCACAUCCAUCUAUUCUGAGUGACAGAACCUCCGAGAGCGACACCGCUCAAGAUACUCAGACUUCUCACUCUUGUAAAUCCGACAGCGCACCCAUGAAAGGUGAUUUUUUCAUUGCUGGCUACAAUUCCCAACUGGCAAAUCAGACAGUUAGUGAGAGUGACGUAGACAUGACCUCACCACAUCGCAAUGUGUUUUCUGAGGAAAGUAGAGUGCAGAAUGACACAAGGGCUGUUCAGUCACCUUUGGACAAUGAGCCAACUCCAAGUACAGAUUACUCAUCGCCCAGAGAUUUGGUUGAAAGCGCAAUUAUCUCAGUAUCCAGGGGUGAUUGUAACUAUGACGAAAACAUUACAGAAGAUGGCAGAAGAAUCACAUUACCUCAGCGAGCAGCGCUUCAUUCAGAAAGUGAUUCUGGUGUUGAAUCUGAGCCCAGAUGCUCUCAAAAUGGUCAGAGACCUGAACAGUUGAACGCUUCCUCUCAGUUACCUGCUGUUUCAAGUGAAAUCUCUGCAUCAAAUACCAUCACUUAUAGGAGCGGCGAUAUAGAAAACUCAGAGCCAACAGUACUGACUGAUAAAGAUUUGUUAGACUCAAAGCACAGUGGUGCAGAUGACAUAGAGUUAGACACAGAGAGGCUUUCCCCAGAGAUGCAACAUGAGGAUGUUUUCAGUCAUUCUGAGCAGAUCUCUGUGCCAAAAAAUGAGGGGGAAAAUCCACAUAUUGAUCGACAAGUCCGCUGCUUAAAUCCACCCGCUGCAUCAUCAGACAUCAACUCAGGGCAGUCUGAAACUAAAAUGAGAGAUGAGUUAGAGUCUGAUGUUCUACCAGACAGAGAUGGAUUAGAUGUGUAUGCUUCUGGAAGUCCACAGGUAGCUACUGAUUUCCUGUCAGACAACAGCCUCACAUCUGACGUGGCCUCUUCAGCUCCAUCAGUGUUUUCUAAUGCUCUAAAGACAGAUGUAGAUGACCAGGAGGGACCGGUUACAGAGGGGGCUAAUGUCAGUGAUUUCCAAAAGUCGCAAACUCAAGACAUUGAAAGCACUAUCACGAUAGCUGAGAAUACUCCGCAACCUUUAGACAAAGAUAAAAGAGACACACCUCAAGGAUUUAUCGAGAGCUGUCACCCAGAUCUUCUCCUGGAUUUGCUGAAGCAAAACGCCCUCAGUUUGAACAACAGGGAACGAGAAAAUCCAGAAUUGCUACUGCAAGAGGAGAGAGUUCAUGAAAAGACAGAGCAGUCGGAUGCCUCAAACAUCCAGCUGCAACUUCUGCAGGUUCUUAAGACUGUUUCCUCAAGCCAAGACCUUUCAAUGCUCCAGGAAGUGAUGGACACUCUAUCCAGCGCUCUGGGGGGUGACUCUCAGGAGGACCACCAGCACAUACUGGAGAGCAUCAAGGAGGAGAGCUCAGAGGGAGAGGAUGAGGGGUCAGCAGAGGACAACCAGGGUCUCUGUCAUUUUGAUAGUCACAGAACAUCUCCUCAGUCGUCUGCCAACUCAGAUACCUGCAAAUUUGAAGAGGUCAAAAAUAAGCUUUUCUCCAUCCAAGAUUUUUUGGAGUGUGUUGGGAGACUGCAGGAUCACGCUGAUGUUUUAGAUGAUGUCAAAAAAGACCUUUUAAUGGAGGCACCAAUGGGCAGCAACAUGGAAGAACAGCAGAUACAAAUAGAGGAAUGUCAGUGUCUGGAGUCCCGACUUUCUAGACUAGCUGGUGCUCUAACAGAAGAUACGGAGAAAGCCAAACAGCUCUUAAAUUCAGCUGAUGAUGACAUUCCCAAACAAAUCCACGAAGAUUUAGCCUCAACGUGUCUGGAAUUAGAGGCAAAUUUUACAGCUGUUUCCCAGAUGUGUGCAGAAAAGACUCACUCCCUAAUUCAAGUGAUAGAAACAGGGAAGGUACAUUUGGAAUCAACAUACCAGAAACAUCUCAGUGAUCUUGAAGAACUAGCGGGCGUCAUCCAAAACGACCCUGAGAAGCAGAGCGUGGAUUUGAACUCGUGUGAUGUGGACACACUGAAUCGUUUGAUUCAGCAGAACGAGGACGCGGAGAGCAAUCUGUUGAAAGAUGCCAGGCUCAAGUUAGAGGAUGUAACAUUUGACAUCCAGUGCUUUAUUUCUGAGCACACUCAGUUCCUCAGUCCAGCUCAGAGCAGCCACCUCCUCAAGAUCCUCAGCACCACCCAGCGAGCUUUCAGGGACCAGACAGAGAGGCUUGUUACACAGAGACGCACCUUAGAUGUCCUACUGGACACCAGAGAGAGGGAGAACCAGGAGAAGUCUUUGUUGGAGAGACACAAGGAGUUUGCGGAGAAAUUGGAGGAAGUGUGUGAUAAUCUCACCUUGACAGAGAACCGCCUGAUUGGUCAUCAGCAACAGGCUGACAACGCUGAGUGUGUCACAGAUCUGCAGCAGUACCAGCAGGAACAUCAGGCUCUGCAGAAAGACGUAUUGACAAAUGCCAGUGCCCUGAAUGAGGUCAUCACCAGUACUAAAAAGUUCCUGGAGGAAAACCGGAACAAGCUGACGCCAGAUCAGAUCGCCACCAUUGAGAGCAAAUUGGAAGAGGCUAAAAGCAAAGCCAAGCUCAUCAACCAGCGGGCUGAGGAGUCCAGGAAAGAUUUGGAGAAGGUUGUUACGACAGCCAUAAAACAGGAAAGUGAAAAGGCAGCAGCUGUUGAGCAGCUUGAAGAAAGUAAGAACAAAAUUGAGGGUCUUCUAGAAUGGAUAUCCAACAUAGGGAACGAGAACGAGGAUCAAACCGACCGUAUAAGUAAAGAGAAUGGGAACCUGCCAGAGGAAACCUCAGCCAAGGGACUGAUAGGAGACGAUGACGAUGCCAAUGGAAACGCUUUACAGACCACUGAAAAAGAUUUUGGCAGAGAGACCAGCGACAAGAACGACGCCUCCCUGGACCUCGAUAAGCAAUACGAAAGGGUCAAGGCCCGUCAUCAGGAGAUUCUGUCCCAGCAGCAGGAUCUGAUCAUGGCCACCCAGUCAGCUCAGGCUCUGCUCGACAAGCAAGCCAACGUGCUUUCCCCGGAGGAGAAGGAGAAGCUGCAGAAGAACAUCCAGGAACUGAAGGGGCGCUACGAGGCCUCUCUGACGCAGGCUGAACAGCAGAUGAAGCAGGUGCAGUGUGUCCAGGAGGAGCUGAAGAAGUUCCAGGAUGACUGCGAGGAGUUUGAGGGCUGGUUAGACCAGGCGGAGGGAGAGAUUGAGGAGCUGGGCGCCCCCACGGGCUCCCUCAACAUCCUCAGUGACAAACUCCAGCGACAGAAGAGCUUCUCGGAAGACGUGAUUUCUCACAAAGGGGACCUUCGCUUCAUCACGAUUUCAGGACAGAAAGUUCUGGAUGUGGCGAAAGCCUGUGGAGUGGGUGACCCUGCGGCUAAGAAUGCUCUGCUGAAUGUGGAUACUUCAGGAACCUGUUCUGCUGUCAAGGAUAAACUGGACUCAGCAGCAAGUCGAUACAAAACCCUACAUUCACAGUGCAAUCAGCUUGGCAACAACCUCAAAGAUGUGGUCGACAAAUACAAGAAAUAUGACGACUCCAGCGCUGGGCUUUUGAAGUGGCUCACCAAUUCAGAGGAGGAGGCGAGAAAGCAGCAAUCAGAGGCCAUAGCAGCUGACCCGCAAACACUGCAGAAACAGCUGGAAGAGACCAAGGCCCUGCAAAGUCAGAUGACAGGACAUCAGACUGCUAUUGACACAUUACGCAAAACAGCUGAGUGUUUGAUCACAUCGGAGGGGGACCUCCUGAGCAACCUCGACGAGAUCCAGGAGACAGUAGACGACAUAGUGGAGCGUUACGACAACGUGUCUAAGUCUGUAAGUGAUCGAAAUGAGAAACUGCAGAUCACUCUUACUCGCUCCAUGAGUGUCCAGGAUGGUUUGGAUGAAAUGAUGGGAUGGAUGGAGGGAGUGGAGGCCAGUGUCCAAGAGAAAGGACAAAUUCCCCUGGACUCUGCAUCAAUUGGAGACAUCCUCAGCAAAGAAGCAGCGUUAGAGCAGGACAUAGCAAGUCGCCAGAGCAGCAUCUCAGCCAUGAAAGCCAAGGUGAAGAAGUUUGCGGAGACGGCAGAUCCCUCCGCCGCCGCGCUUCUGCAGUCUACGAUGGACGCUCUCUCUCAGCGCUUCUCUGAUGCUUGUGACAAGCACAAGCAAAAAGUUUCCCAACUGGAGCAGCUGAAAGAAAAGGUGGAAGAGUUUGAGACGGUCGCAGAUAAAGUUCAGCAGUUUGUUGUGAAACGUACGCAAGAUCUACAGGAGACGGACGGGCCGGGAAAAACCUUCAAUGAACUGUCUGAGCUGAUGCAGAGUACUAAGGCUGAGAUGGCUGAACAUGCCGGUGAUUUGGAGAAGCUGCACACUCUGUCCAAAGAGCUGUCUGAAAUAAGCCCUGAUGGAAACCAAGCCCAGAUCCAGAGCAAGAUGGACGAUCUCUCCAAUAUCUUCACCACCUUUAAAGACACUGUCAAAGAAAAAGAAGAAGAGGUUUCAUCCUGUCAGGACCAGCUGGGAGAGUUCAGAUCUGCAGCCAGCACGCUCACCAAGUGGCUGGAGGAGACCAAUGACAAAGUACCUGCAGUCCAGCCGAGCAGCAGUGAGAAAAGUCUGGAGACGGACCUGCAGAUAGUCACCGGUUUGUUAGAUGAAUGGAUAUCCAAAGGCCCUGCUGUCCAAGACAUGAACAGCAAAGGAUCCGAGCUGUGCAGCCUCAUUACUUUCCUCACAUCCCCGGCCAAAACAAAGACUCAGAACAAGUCAGCUCUUACUAAUGGUGGUGGUCCGGCGAGCCAUUCCUACCUAACUAAUAAAGAGCUGAUGAUAAUUCAGCAGAACAUGUCAUUCGUCAACGAGGGAUACGCGAGCCUCGGGGAAACGCUAAAGGGCCGAGCCGCUGAGCUGAGUACCUCGGUGCAGGAGAUGAAACAGGCCCAAAAAGAGACGGAGGACAUGUUGACGUGGCUGAAGGACAAGAAAGAGACUGCAGCAUCAUGGAACAACGCGGCCACAGAGAAAGAUGCGGUGAAAACGCAGCUUGAACAGCAGAAGGCAUUUGAAGACGACAUGAAGCAAAAGCAGGAGCAGCUCCAGAAGCUCAGAGAGAAGCUCCUCGACUUGAUUAAGACUCAUCCAAACUCCCCCGAGGCGGCAAAAUGGAAGCAGAUGCUGGCAGAAAUAGAUGCGGCUUGGGCGGAUAUCAGCGGCUCUGUGGAGGAGAGGAAGCAACACCUGGAGGAGUCCAACAAGAAUCUGGACAUCUUCCAGACAACUGAGCUGCAGCUUGGUCAGUGGCUUUCAGAGAAGGAGCUGAUGAUGAGUGUCCUUGGGCCCCUUUCGAUUGACCCCAACAUGCUUAAAAUGCAGAAGCAGCAAGUUCAGAUCCUCCAGAAUGAAUUUAAGAGUCGUAAACCUCAAUAUGAGCAACUUGAGGAAGCUGCCUCAGCCAUCCUAAGCUCCUCAGGCAACCAGGACCCCUCAAGUGGGAAGCUGGUGAGGGAGCAGCUUGCUGCCGUCACCCAAAAGUGGCAAGGCCUCACAGGGCAGCUGGACCAGCGAGACGGCCUCAUCGACCAGGCUGCGGUGAAAACAGGGCAGUUUCAGGAGUUACUGAGGAGUCUCAGUCAGACUGCCACUCAGCUGGAGAGUCAGCUCACCAACCAUCAGGGCCACAGCACCCAGCCCGAUGCUGUGAAGAUGCAGCUGGAGGACGUCCAAAACAUCUCAGCUCAGCUGAGAGAAGAGAGGAAGAAGCUGAAGGAGGCUGAGGCCAUCAACACGGAGCUCACAGCGAUGGUGACGGAGGACUAUCUGAAAGCCGACUUAGCGAGGCAGCUGGAGAGUGUCAGCAAGCCUUUCAAACAGCUGGAAGAGAAAGCAGCAAAAAAGAUUGAGCAGCUGAACUCAACGUUUGCCAGCUCUCAGCAGUUCCAUCAGACCUCCAAAGACUUCCAGUCAUGGCUGGGUGAAAAGCUCCAGGACCAGUCUCAGCCCCAGCCCAUCUCCGCCAAAGUGGACAUCCUGCAGCAAACCAUGGAGGAGCACAGUAAGCUCCAGGAGGCUCUCAGUGAACAUGAAGAAGCUUAUAACACGAUCAUCGGGGAAGGGGAGAUGCUUCUGCAGAAGACUGAUGGCGCAGAAAAACUGGCACUACAAGGGCAGCUCACUACCCUCUCCUCCAACUGGGAGGAGGUGAAGAAGGGCUCUGUGGAGCACGCUGAUAAACUCCAGACUGCUCUGCAGAGAUCUCGGAAGUAUCAGGAGCACGCAGAGAAGCUCAGCUCUUGGAUUCAGGAGUGUGAAGCAGGCGAGGGCCGAGUCAAACUCACUGUUGACCCCGUUGCUGUUGAGAGCUCGAUUUCUCAGGUGAAAGCACUCCAGAAGGAUGUUGACAAGCACCGAGGGAUGGUGGAGCAGCUCAACGCGGCUGCAGAUAGCCUCCUAGAGGUGGCCAACACCGACACUAAAGCUAUAAAGGAGGAGAAGGCUAGCAUUGGCAAAAGAGUGGAUAAUGUAGUGGAAGGUCUGCAGAGCAAGAGGGAUUCCCUGGAGAAGAUCUCACACGUGGUUAAAGAAUUCAAUGAUGCCUACAAGGAGGCAAAGGGUCAGCUUGAGGGAGCUAAGAAGCAGGUGGAUGCCUAUGAAUCGCAGGGAGUGCAGGGCCACAGCAAUAAGAACCUGACCAACAUGAAAGCCCAACAUAAGAGUUUAGAGGGAAUGCAGAACCAAGUCGAGCACCUGAAGAGCUUGGCCAAGGACCUUGUAGUAGACGUCCCCGAUGCUGAUGGAGUGACAGAUCUCUUACUACAGGCUGACAGCAUAGAAAAAGACUAUGGCUCCAUGACCGAGAAACUAGAGGAGACGUGCCAAGUCUUGGAGGGUAAACUGCAAGGUAUUGGGCAGUUCCAAAACAGCAUCCGUGAUAUGUUUACCCAUUUCACGGACCUGGAUGAUGAACUGGACAGCAUGGCUCCUGUGGAUCUUGAGCUGGCCACUCUUAAAGAACAGCAGGACAGCAUCCAGAGCUUUGUGGCUAAACUGCAAGAGCUGAUGGCCAACACAGCAAACGCAGGAGACAGCUGUAAGAAGAUGCUGGAGACUGAAACCUCACCUGACCUCUUAGGCCUGAAGAGAGAUCUGGAUGCUCUGAGUAAGCAGUGUGGUAAACUGUUGGACAGAGCUAAAGGCAGAGAGGUGCAGGUGCAGAGCACUCUCACCAAGAUAGAGGAGCUGUACGGUAAACUCCACCAAAUGGAAGAUAAACUCAGCAGAGCCGAGGACAAGGAGGCGUCUCAGGAGGCGGUCGGCAUGGAGACAGACGUCAUCAACCAACAGCUGGAGGCCUUUAAGGCCUUCCAGAAAGACGACAUUGAUCCGUUGCAGACGCAGCUUCAAGACAUCAACUCCCUCGGUCAGGGCCUGAUCCAAAAUGCCACCAAAGGCACCAGCAUCAAGAAGCUUGAGGAUGACCUGGAGGGUGUCAACACAAAGUGGAAUACGCUCAAUAAAAAGAUUGCUGAACGUUCAGCCCAGCUUCACGAAGCCCUGUUGCAUUGUGGGAGGUUCCAGGAUGCUCUGGAGUCCCUGCUCAGCUGGUUGACCGACACAGAGGAGCUCAUGGCCAAUCAAAAGCCUCCCUCUGCAGAGUUCAAAGUGGUCAAGGCACAGAUACAAGAGCAGAAACUUUUACAGAGACUGCUGGAUGACCGAAAGCCGACAGUGGAGCUGAUAAAAAAAGAGGGAGGGAAGGUCGCAGAACUGGCAGAGUCUGUGGAUAAGGAGAAGGUUGCAAAAGAGAUCGAAUGCCUGGGGCAGAGGUGGGACGCUCUGCUCAAGAAGGCUGAAAACAGGCACAAACAACUAGAGAGCAUCUUAGUGGUCACUCAGCAGUUCCAUGAGACUCUGGAGCCCCUGAGCGAAUGGCUCUCCGCCACAGAGAAGCACCUGGCCAACUCAGAGCCAAUCGGCACUGAGACGUCUAAACUGGAAGAUCAGAUCUCUCAGCAUAAGGCCUUAGAGGAGGAGAUUAUGAAUCACAGUAAAGACCUGUUACAUGCCGUCAGUCUGGGUCAGAUGCUCAAAGCCGUGAGCUCAGUGGACGAGAAGGAGUUUGUUCAGUCUAAACUGGACGCCACCCAGGCCAGAUACAUAGAGCUCCAGGAGCGAUGCAGGAGGAAAGCUGAGAUGCUGCAGCAAGCUCUGGCAAACGCCCAGCUGUUUGGAGAGGAUGAAGUGGCUCUGAUGAACUGGCUCAACGAGGUGCACACCAGGCUGGGUGAAGUGUCCGUGGAGGACUACAAAUUAGAUGUUCUUGAAAAGCAGCUGGCAGAUCAACGGGCUCUACAAAGUGAUAUUGAUUUGAGGAAGAAGAAUGUUGACCAAGCCAUCUCUAAUGGGAUGGAGCUACUGAAGCAAACAACAGGUGAUGAGGUGGUUGUUAUCCAAGGCAAACUGGAUGGUAUAAAAGCCAAAUAUGCUGAGAUCAACUCUAUGAGUGACAACGUCUUGAAGACACUGGAGCGUGUUUUGAGUCUCUCUUCCAAGCUACAACAUACUCAUGAGGACCUGAGCUCCUGGCUGGAGAAAGCAGAGGCUGAGAUCAAUGCUUUCGAUGGUCAGGAGCCGGUGGGCGAGCAGCUCAUUCAUGCACAGAGCAGGCAGAAGGCCUUACUGAAGGAGACCAAAGACCAAAAACCUGUGAUGGACAAGAUGAAUGAGUUGAGCGGUUCUCUCCUGGAUCUGAUCCCGUGGCACACUCGUGAGGGUCUGGACAAGCUGGUGACUGAGGACAAUGAGCGGUACAGAGCCGUCUGUGACACCGUCACCCAGCAGGUCGACCAGAUCAACGCCGACAUCCUCAAGUCACAGCAGUUCGAACAGGCUGCAGAUAGUGAACUCUCAUGGCUGACUGAAGCUGAGAGGAAGUUACUGUCGAUGAGCGAGAUCAGGCUGGAGCAAGACCAAAACACAGCUCAGCUCCAAGCACAGAAGAUUUUCUCCAUGGACAUCAUGAGGCACAAAGAUGCUGUGGAUGAGAUUUUGAAAACAGGAAAGGCCAUCAUGAACAGCAAAAACCCGGAGGAGAAAGAAAUCUUCAAGGCCAAGACCCAGACUCUCUUGGAGAAGUACGGGGUCGUGAGUCAGCUGAACUCGGAGCGCUGUCUGCAGCUUGAGCGAGCCCACUCUCUGGCCAGUCAGUUCUGGGAGACAUACGAGGAGAUGUGGCCGUGGCUUCAGGAAACCAUGAGCAGCUUCAGCCAGCUGCCCCCACCCGCCAUCGAGUACGAAACACUCAGGCAGCAGCAAGAGGAACUCAGGCAAAUGAGAGAGCUGAUUGCCGAGCACAAGCCCCACAUCGACAAGAUGAAUAAGACCGGGCCACAGUUACUCGAACUGAGCCCAGUGGAGGGAGUGCCCAUCAGAGAGAAGUACACAACUUCUGACCAACUUUACUCCCAACUGAAAGCUGAUGUCAAACAGAGGGCGGCCACUCUGGACGAGGCCAUCUCCAAAUCCACCCAGUUCCAUGAUAAAAUUGACCCCAUGCUGGAAUCGCUGGAACGGAUCGCUGAGCGCCUGCGUCAGCCUCCGUCCAUCUCAGUGGAGGUGGACAAGAUCAGAGAGCAGAUCACUGAAAAUAAGGCCGUCUCUGUUGAUCUGGAGAAACUGCAGCCUUCAUAUGAAACGCUGCGCCAGCGAGGCGAGGAGAUGAUUGCACGGUCUGAGGGGGCAGACAAGGACAUAUCUGCUAAAGCCGUACAAGACAAACUGGACCAGAUGGUGUUCCUGUGGAAUGACAUCCAGGCCUUGCUGGAGGAGAGGGAGGCGAAGCUGCUGGAUGUGAUGGACCUGGCAGACAAGUUCUGGUGCGACCACUGCGCUCUCAUCGUCACCAUCAAAGACAGCCAGGACCUGCUGAGGGAGCUGGAGGAGCCGGGAGUCGAUCCGUCAGUCGUCAAACAGCAGCAGGAGUUUGUGGAGGGAUUUAAGGAGGAGAUUGACGGGCUGCAGGAAGAGCUAGAUGUGGUUCAAAACCAGGGGGCGGAGCUUAUGACUGCCUGCGGGGAGCCUGAUAAACCUGUGAUAAAGAAGAGUAUCGAUGAGGUGAAUUCAGCGUGGGAGAAUCUCAAUAAGACUUGGAAGGAGAGAGUAGAGAGACUGGAAGAAGCCAUGCAGGCUGCUGUGCAGUUUCAAGACGGCCUGCAGGGAAUGUUUGACUGGGUGGAUAUUCUGGACAGCAAACUGGAUUCAAUGUCACCUGUAGGCACAGACCUGGAAACUGUCAAGCAGCAGAUUGUAGAACUCAAGGAGUUCAAAGGAGAGGCGUACCAGCUGCAGAUCGAGAUGGAGCGCCUGAACCACCAGGCGGGCCUCCUGCUGAAGAAGGUGACGGAAGAGGCCGAUCGCUCCGCAAUUCAGGAGCCAAUGUCUGAGCUCAAGAUGCUCUGGGACAACCUGGAUGAGAAGAUCAUCAGCCGACAGCACAAACUGGAGGGAGGCCUUCUGGCUCUGGGCCAGUUCCAACAUGCACUAGACGAGCUGCUGGCCUGGAUGAGCCACACCGAGGAGCUGCUGAACGAGCAGAGGAAGGCUGGAGGAGACCCGAAAGCCAUCGAGAUAGAGCUCGCCAAGCACCAUGUUCUCAAGAUUGACGUGUUGGCUCAUAAAGCAACAGUUGAGACGGUUAACAAAGCCGGUAAUGAUCUGGUGGAGUCCAGCGCUGGUGAGGAAGCCUCUAGUCUGCAGACCAAACUGGAGAACCUCAACCAGCGGUGGAAAGCCAUCCUGGAGAAGACGGACCAGAGGAAGCAACAACUUGAGAGCGCUCUGGUUCAGGCCCAAGGUUUCCAUGGUGAGAUAGAAGAUAUGCAGCAAUGGCUGAAAGACACAGAACGUCAGCUGUUGGCAUCAAAGGCUGUGGGAGGCUUACCAGACACGGCCCGGGAGCAGCUUAACGCCCAUCUGGAGUUGUGUUCUGCCUUGGAGGCGAAGGAGGAGCUGUAUCGGGAGCUGUUGAACAAGGGUCAGCAGCUGCUCAUGUUGGCGCCCGAGGGUCCCGACAGCAACACGGAGCAGGACCUCGCCAACCUGAAGGAGAAAUGGGAAGCAGUGCAGGGCAAGGUCGCUGAAAGGAAGGUGAAACUAGAAGAGGCCUUGACACUGGCCACGGAUUUCCACAACUCUCUGCAGGACUUCAUCAACUGGCUGACCCAAGCAGAGCAGACGCUCAACAUGGUUUCCCCCGCUUCCCUCAUUCUGGAGACCAUCAUGUUUCAGAUUGAUGAGCAUAAGAUGUUCGUGACAGAGGUGAACUCCCACAGAGAGCACAUCAUCGAACUGGACAAAACAGGAACGCACUUGAAGUACUUCAGCCAGAAACAGGAUGUGGUCCUGAUCAAGAACCUGCUGCUCAGCGUGCAAGGCCGCUGGGAGAAGCUGGUGCAGAGAUCUGUCGAGCGCGGUCGGCUGCUGGAUGACACCAGGAAGAGGGCCAAACAGUUCCAUGAAACUUGGAAUAAACUGAUGGAGUGGUUGGACGAAUCUGAGAAGGCUCUGGACUCGGAGGUGGAAAUUGCCAACGAUCCGGACAAAAUCAAGACGCAGCUGGCGCAGCACAAGGAGUUCCAGAAAGCUCUGGGCAGCAAACACUCAGUGUACGACACCACCGCCCGGACAGGACGGUCCCUGAAAGACAAGACCUCCCUUCAGGACGAUAAUCAGAAGCUGGACGACAUGCUGAGUGAACUGAGGGACAAGUGGGACACUGUCUGUGGCAAGUCGAUAGAAAGACAAAACAAGCUGGAGGAGGCCCUGCUGUUCUCCGGCCAGUUUACAGAUGCUCUCCAGGCUCUUAUUGACUGGCUGUACAGAGUGGAACCUCAGAUGGCUGAGGACCAGCCCGUACAUGGAGACAUAGACCUGGUUCUUAACCUGAUAGACAACCACAAGGUUUUCCAGAAGGAGUUGGGAAAGAGGACAGUAAGCGUUCAGGCCCUCAAACGUUCAGCCAGGGAGCUGAUCGACAGCAGUCACGAUGACUCGUCCUGGGUCAAAGUCCAGAUGCAGGAGCUGAGCACUCGCUGGGAGACGGUGUGCAACCUGUCGGUGUCCAAGCAGGCGCGGCUGGAGCAGGCCCUGUGUCAGGCUGAGGAGUUUCACUCUACUGUUCAUAUCCUGCUGGAGUGGCUGGCUGAGGCAGAGCAGAGUUUGCGUUUCCAUGGCAGCCUGCCUGACGAUGAGGAGGCUCUGCGGGCGCUUAUCGAACAGCACAAGGAGUUCAUGAAGAAACUGGAGGAAAAGCGAGUGGCUCUAAAUAAGGCAACCAGUAUGGGGGAGGCCAUUCUGAGCAUCUGCCAUCCAGACUCCAUCACAACCAUCAAACACUGGAACACCAUCAUUAAAGCCCGGUUCGAAGAGGUGCAGGCUUGGGCCCGGCAGCACCAGCAGCGACUGGCCACGGCCCUCACUGAGCUGUUGGCCACUCAGGAGCUGCUGGAGAAUCUGCUGACCUGGCUGCAGUGGGCUGAGACCAACCUCAACGAUAAGGACAAGGAGGCGCUGCCGCAGGAGAUCGAAGAGGUCAAAGGCCUCAUAGCAGAACAUCAGGCAUUCAUGGAGGAAAUGACCAGGAAGCAACCAGAUGUUGACAAAAUCACCAAGACACACAAAAGGAAGGCUGCUAUGGAGCCCCAAAUCCAGUCUCAGAUCCCUGUGCUCGACAAAGGAAGAGCAGGAAGAAAACGUUCUCCCACACAAACGAUGUAUGCGUCAGCAACACAACCUCCCAUUGAAACCAAGAACCCCCGGGUCAACCUGCUGGUCACUAAGUGGCAGCACGUGUGGCUGCUGGCCUUGGACAGAAGGAGGAAACUCAAUGAUGCCCUGGACAGGCUGGAGGAGUUGAAGGAAUUUGCCAACUUUGACUUUGAUGUGUGGCGGAAGCGCUACAUGCGCUGGAUGAACCAUAAGAAGUCUCGUGUCAUGGACUUCUUCCGCCGCAUCGACAAAGAUCAAGACGGCAAGGUGACCCGACAGGAGUUCAUAGAGGGCAUUCUCUCCUCCAAAUUCCCCACCAGUCGUCUGGAGAUGAGCGCCGUGGCAGACAUCUUUGACAGAGACGGGGACGGCUACAUUGACUACUAUGAGUUUGUGGCAGCUCUUCAUCCCAACAAAGACGCUUACAAACCACUAACAGACGCAGACAAAAUUGAAGAUGAGGUCACACGUCAAGUGGCAAAAUGCAAAUGUCCAAAACGAUUCCAAGUGGAGCAAAUUGGUGCCAACAAAUACCGGUUCUACCUUGGAAACCAGUUCGGAGACUCUCAGCAGCUUCGUCUGGUGCGCAUUUUACGUAGCACUGUGAUGGUGCGGGUGGGCGGAGGCUGGAUGGCUCUGGAUGAGUUCCUGGUGAAGAACGACCCCUGUCGAGUUCAUCACCACGGGAGCAAAAUGUUGCGCUCGGAAUCAAACUCUUCAAUUACUCAGUCUCCUAUAGGUUGGCAAAUCUCACACUUUCUCACCUUGCUCCAUGAACCCGACAGUGCUAAAGGCAGGACCAACAUGGAGCUGCGGGAGAAGUUUAUCCUCCCAGAAGGCACCACCCAGGUGAUGGCGAGCUUCCGCUACCGAGGCCGGAGAUCUCGGCCGUCGUCCAGAGGAGCUUCUCCCAACAGAUCCACCUCCAGUCAGAGCUGUCCGGUCCCAGCACACCACGCACUGACUAGUACACCCAAGACUCCCCAACACAUAACCCGCAAUUAUGAUAAGCCCUGGCUUACAAACAGCAAACCCUCCACUCCUCUUAAAUCAUCAGACUCCUUUGGGAGCCAAGGUUCAUCCUCAGAGAGUACACCAGUCCAAGGCAGCAAAUUGCGUCUUCCUGGGUACUUGUCAGGCAAAGGAUUUCAGUCCGGCGAGGAGGGAAGCUUGAUCAGCGCUGCUGUACUGAAAGCUCGAGCACAGACAAUAGGCGAUUCAAGAAGAACUUCCAGCCGACCUGGAAGUAAAGCUGGAAGCAGAGGGAGCAGUCGCAGAGGUAGUGACGCCUCCGACUUCGACAUCUCAGACAUCCAGUCUGUGUGCUCGGAUAUGUCUGAGACAGUUGGAGAGUCUAGCAGAGCGACGCCGCGCUCUACUUCCCGCCAACGUGGAGGAAAACCCUCCAAGAUCCCCACCCCUCAAAGAAGAACCACUCCCACAAGCAAACUGGCUAAGGGAUCCAAGCGAUAGUCAGUGGCCUUGAAAACAAACAACCCAGGAGCUAGUUGCACCCGAAACACAUAACGGACACUGGAGAUAUCUAAUUUAAAAGACUGCAAAUGUGUUGAGUGUUAUUUAAAUUGUUGAAAAGAUGUAAAAUAUUCAGUUGAGAGGCAAUAUGAUUUAAUUUUAUGUGAGAAUGGAAUGUUAAUGGCCUUGUGUAUUUGUUUUUAAUGUAUUUUAUUUUUUGUGAAAAAUGUCAAAUUGUUUUUAUUGUAUUUUAUUUUAUUGAUGCAAAACCUGUAGAGGUUCGAUGAACACUAGGAAACCUGGGAAUGACUACGUUGUACGGUUAACUAACAUUUCUACACACUAAUGAAGGGGCAACACGCAGGAUAGCGCUGAGAGUUACUGAAUGUACUGUAAUUUAAUGUAUGCUGAUGUUUGGAGUAGAUGGUGCAUUAUGGUACCAUGUGAGGCAUUGCAAUUAUCUAUUUAAGUGCUAUGAUAUACUGCCAACAUGCAUUUAAAGGGCAAUGCAAUAUACUACAAUAAACCCCUGUAAGCACUGCAGAAACCUUUGAAAAACACUAUUUAAGACAAGUAGCAGAAACCUCGUAAUCAUGAAGCUUUCAAGUCCUGUUUGUUUGUCAGCAGCUGCAGUCCCUGUUUUGUUUGACCACUUCACAGCAGCGUGUGCAUUGACCUUGACGAGGUGCCACUCCAUGUAGACAUUCUCGUGUGCAUCCAUGUCAGUGUAUGGUUAAUUUCGGUAGAGCUGAAAUUGUUACUGUAACAUUACUUUGUAAUAAACCUGCUUGCAGAAAGCCACCAGA